GUCUUAACCCCCUCGUCAGCUUUCCCAUGCUCUUUCGUCGUGUGAGCCCGACCCGGCGGCAUGGUUCCGGGAAGGGAUGGGAACUCUAUCUCUAAACCUUUUGCAGUAGCGCGCGCUGAGGAAAGUGGAUGAUGGCACGGACUCGUGUCACCCAGUCUCAUCCUUUCCACGGCCACUUGGGAAAACCCCCCGGCCUCCAGGCCCUUUCAUCCUCAUUUAUUGCCCACCUGCACCUGCGCCUGCGCCUGCACAUCUGCACCACUCUCUCAUUCACGACACGCUCGCUCGGACAUGACCUCUUACUUUUCGACCACGCGCUCCCCAUACUAAAACUCCUCGCUCCCUCCUUCCACCUAAUCCCCAGCGCUCUCGUUACCCCCCCCCGACGAACCCCAUUCCGACAGUCAGAGAGUGGGACUGGCAAUCUCACGCCUUGUUGGAGCUUUGCCUAUCCUCGGGUGUGGUCCCUGAAACUCUUACCAGAUCCCUGUGUUCCCAUUACGACAACUCGGCGACCGCUUGUCAGACAAGUCUCCGAGUCCGUUCUCCGUCUUGUCCACCUCACGGCAUCUCCUAAGCUGCUCCUCUGGAGCUGUCAUUCUUUGCCCUUUUGGCCGUCGAUCAUCGCUAUCAUCGUGGACGAACAAAUAAGCUCUCUUACUGCUGCCGACAGCCAAUUGCAUUCCGUUCGAUCUCAUUCACGAUAUUUACCGACCGAGGCGUCUCCACCUGCACCAUUGGAUUCGUUUUGCAGCGCUAUAAUACUCUCGUUCCGGCGACUUCCGCUCAUAUUUAACGCGGGCUGUCUCUGAAAUACGAGUUCUUUUGAAGCUUUACGUCAACUAGC